AUGGACGAGACGCAAACUCGCCCGGAGCUCUCGCAAGAAGAGCAAGCAAAUCCGCCGUCACGAAAACGACAGCUAGACAGCGACGACGACGACGACGCCGAACCACAGGCAAAGCGAGCGCGAACGACGCGCCCGACUUCGGAGCCAGCACGAUUGACACAACAGAACCUCGCACGUUUCAACAAGAAGAUGGGCAGCAAGAAGACUUCAGACCCUUCGGACGACUACGACUCGGGAUCGACGAAGACCGUCUCGACUAUGGCCUCUGGCUUUGCUAUCCAGGCGUAUAAGAACGGCGUCCUCGAUCCCUCCAGCUCCAAGCCUCCCAAGGACUUGGAGGAGAUCUACCAACGAAGCGCCCUACCCCGCGGGACGCCCUCGCCUACCGAGUCAGAAUACGGCGACUAUGUCGACCGGGUCAACAGGGCCGCUAACGAAGCAACCGUGGUCAUCGAGACCGUAGAACUGUUGAAGAAACAUAACGACAAGAGAUAUAACCGAGCGUUCAACCAGGCAUUUACGGCCUUUCCGAAGGAUGUAGGCUUCAACCAUGGCCUGUCCGCUCCCCAGCCGGAUUUCGUCGAAGGACCAGAAAUGAGGGACUUCCUCCCGUUUCCAGUCGACGAACGCAUCCUAGGGGCUGUCCUCUACAAGGAUAACCCUCACGCGGUGACAUUGCCACACAUAGCCGGAGAAUGGAAGGGCCCCGACGGGAGUAUGGCAGAAGCAACGCUACAGAGCUCUUAUGACGGAGCAGCACUCGUCUACGCUCGAAACCAGGCCCUCGCCUUCCAGGGAAAGUCUGACCCCCCUAGACACGUAAGCAUCACAACCUUCACCACAAACGGUACCCAGCUCAACUUUUACGCACACUACGCAGCUCCCGCUGGAGACGGCACGCUUGAAUAUCACCAGUUUCCUGUCAGGUCGACGAGUUUGGUGAACUCCUACGGGGAAUACAAGGAGGGCCGGAAGCACCUCAGGAACGAACAGGACCACGCAAGGAGACAGUCACAAGCGCUGAGAGACGAGUUGAAGGAGUAUUACAAGAAGCAACGCGGCAGCAGUCUCCAUCCUGUCGCUAAAGAAGUGCCACCCUUGCCUAUAUCAGGCAUCGGACUGGACGCUUACAAGGACGAAGACGACUACAAAGUCGUCGAACCACAGCCUGUCUACCAGCCGACGCCGCCUACGUUAUCCAAGCACAGGAGUGGCAAGACGCACUCUCACCACUCACACCAUUCACACCACUUGCAUUCGACGCCGCACUCGUUGAAGGCUCCCUCAUCUACACACAGUUCCACCCACAGCAGCGGUAGCAAGCGAAAAGCUUCGUCCUCACAGUCGUCCCACGGAUCCUCUGCCCUUGUCAGCAAACACAGGAGCUACUGGAAGAAGGAUCACGAGACUGGUCAAUACUACCAUAUGCAUUCGGAUGGUACUGUCUCUUGGCUUGACGACGACGAAGACAAGCGUGACUAG